AUGGCCACAGUGCGCCGCACCUCCACCGCAGGCAACGGCACCCGUACGCCGCGGAUCCGCGCAGCCGCCCGCACUGUAGCCUCCACGAGCCACUGGGAGCGGUGCGCAUGCGCGGCCCACGCGGCUGCCACUGCAGUCUCCACGCCGUCUGUGAAUUGGGCGUCGGCCACCACGUCAAACGGCCAGUGCGAGCAGGAAAAGUCCACGUCCACCGGGGGCCACACCACCAGCACCACGUGUGUGCGGUUGAGUUCCGGGCCGGACACCACCACAGGGCUGGGCUGGCGCGGCUCGACUGUGCCGUUGCUGGCGAGCGGGCCGAGCUUGCGGAAAAGCCAAAGGGCAAGCGCCAGGCCGCCCGUGACGCACACCUCGCCCGCCACGCGCACGCGCACGCCGCCGUCCGACAUGCCCACGAGGGCGGCGUUGUCUAUGCGCGCCUCGAAUGCAGGCGGCUGCGCGAGCACUGCGCGCACCACGAACAAUGCCGCCACAAACACGGCUAUGGCUGCAAAAAAAAAGAGCGCGCAUGCGGUGUUGCGGCGCUUGUGCCGCGUGCUCGCUGCAUGGGCCGGCGCUGGCCCUAGCGCUGUUUGGCCCGGCUGCAAAAAGUUUUGCAGCAAAAGCGCACUUUGCUCUGUUGGCGGCUCUGUUUCUGAGCCAAACACGGCGCGGUUCGACAGGGCGGGCCCGCCUCUAUUUAUAGGCACAGCGGCGCCAAAACUCAGCGCGGAAUUCGAAGCCGCUGUACCUAAAUAA